UAAAAAGCUUAAAACACGUGUUCAGGUAUAGAUACAAAACACGUGCUGAGGGAAGCAGCAGAUUACAAGUUUGAUCCUGCUCUGGCUUUCAUCAUUUAUCCACAGAUAUUGUCCUCACUGCCUCUGGCCUGGGUGUGGUCAGCUGUUUUCUUUUCCCUAAUUUUCCUCCUUGGUUUGAAUUCUGGCGUCCAUCUUGUUCAGUCAGCUGUAUCAGCUGUUUAUGAUGGAAUACCGAUUCUCAGUUUACAUAAGGCUAAGGUUGCUAGUUUAGCCUGUGCCUCCUGUUUUCUAUUAGGACUGCCCUGUGUAUCUGCAGAUGGUGUGUUUAUCUACGACCUGAUGGUCCGGUAUGGAGUUGGUAUCCCUGUACUAUGGAUUGCUCUAUGGGAGGUUAUAUCCAUUAUGUGGAUAUAUGGAUACAACAAUAUGGCCAAGGAUAUCGCCCUGAUGGUCAACUAUCAACCAAACUGGUUCUGGAAGAUAUGUUGGGCUAUAUUAUGUCCGCUUGUUCUUUUGACAAUUUUCAUAACAUCCAUUCUUUUCUGGGAGAUUCCAGUAUUUAACAAACAGGUCAAAUACCCCGACUGGGCUCAUAUUAUUGGAUGGAUACUUAUAGGAAUAUCAACUAGUCAGGUUGUUAUCUGGGCAGUUUUGAUGAUGAUAACCUACUGUUGUAGAAGAAAACUAUUGAGUGUUGUCAAACCAUCUCAGAAAUGGGGACCAGGAGACCCGAAGGUUGUUGAAAGUAUUCUGCUAGAGCAGCGUGUACAAGAAUCUGCCCCGGAUUACCGGUUAGGACUGGAUAUACCUGAUUAUCAUGCAGAAAGUUUGAUGAUACCUUCGAAACCUGUUUCUCCCGAUUGUCCAAUGUUUCGCAGAAAAAGGUUGAAGAUGUGGAUGCUGUGAGGAGGUUUAGUGGAAGCCAGAUGUGGGAUCCAGAUUCUUCAUUCAAAAUGAGGAAAAAUUAAAGGGAUUGUUUUAUUCAUUCAUAGUGACCUUAGAUACAGAGACUGUAAGGGAAAUUUCAAGUGACACUCCAUGCAACGAUGGUAAUGCCUGAUUUACAAAGUAUAAAUUAGAUAUGCAAGUUUUUGUUACUUAAAACGGUUUAUUUCAAUUUGCGGUUUCUCUGCGAAAGUGACUUGCGCAUUUCUUGGUUAGGAGAACUUCACAGAACUAACGAAUUAGAAAAACAACAGUUUCUUACCUAUUUUUGAUCAGAUUAAGGUUUCAAGGGUACCGUUUUAAAUCGGACAUUGCCAUUUUUGCAUGGAUGGUCACUCAUGAAAUUAAUUUUAAUUAGUGUCAAAUGUCAAUAGUGAUCAAAAGAUUGUAAGCUCUCAAGCAAAAACAUACAAGAAUUUUCCCGCUUGCUUUUUUUAACUUAAAGCUAAAAGCAAGAGCCCUAAAGUUAUCAAAUCAACAUGUCUAGAGCUACGAAAAAGUAAAAAUGAGUUAGUAACUCAAUAUCAAAGGCCAAAGCAUUGCAACACUUUAAAGUCGUCCUAUAGAGUCUUGAUAAUGCAUGGGUUUAACUGUAGCAGUUUGAAUCUACGUAUAUGUGUUAUGAAUCGUUAAUGCACCAAACCCGGGACCAAACUCAUUUAUCAACAAUAUAUUUGUAUAGUUAGUUAAAUAAAUUUUUUUUUUUUUUUUCAUCGUCUCUGCCACAACUUUUAGGAUUAUGAAUUUGUUAAAUGAUCUUUAGAAUAAAACUGAUUUUUUAUCGUUUUAA